AAUACGGCAGACGCGUGUGCGGAGCGUGCAGCAAGUAUUCAGUGUUUUGGUUAGAUAGCAUAACAUUAAUGAAUCCGUGUUAAAUCUGUGUUGAUGUGGUGAAUAUGUUGCCUGUCAUGGACAACAGCAGUGAAGCAGAUGAUGACCGGAGAGGAGUUAAGCGCAAGAUAGCCUUGUCGAGUUGUGAUGUUUGUGAGACUGAAGAGGCCAAAUACAGAUGUCCCAGCUGCAAGAAACACACCUGCAGUUUGGCUUGUGUCAAGCAGCACAAGAUGGUGUCGGGAUGCUGCGGUGUUCGGGACAAGACGACGUUCGUCCCUCUCGCUGAAUUUGAUGAAAUCAACCUGCUCAACGAUUACAGGUUUCUGGAGGACACCGCUCGACUGAGUCAACAGUCCAACCGAGACGCCGUCCUGCUCGGCAGCCGUCGACACCCGAAGGAGGGCAUGUGGAUGAUCAGGAGAGCAAGAGCCGCCAAAGUCACGCUGAAGUUUCUGCCCAAAAUCUUCAGCAAACAUCGGGAGAACAGAACCGUCUUCAGAAGAGCGGAAGGACGAUUCCACUGGCAUCUGAAGAUCCAUUUUCCUCAAAGCAAUGCGGUUUAUUCAGAGAGGUUUCCUGAUGACAAACGGCUCGAUCAGAUUCUCAACGAAUACAUUCAUCCUUCAGAAUCAGAUCCGGUCAAACGACAAAAGUUACAGCUCUACGUCCACAGCCCUCAUGAGGACAUCAGAGUGUUCCUGAAGGCAGAGCAGAAACUACACAACUCUCUCAGGUUCCUCGAGCUUGACCUGAAGAAAAGUCUGCAGGAAAACCUGAUGCAUAAGACUAUCGUGGAAUACCCAGAAGUCUUUGUGGUUCUGAAACGGCACAGUCAGGAGUUCCUCGCUCACACACCGGAGCGUUCCAGUGCGAGUGUCUCCAGUUCCCCGGAUAAACCGCGUUCAGAAGUCUCCAAGAGGCCGAAAGUCGUGCCAGAAGACGAAGAGCUGGAGGACGGAGAGCUUCGAAGUGACCAGGAGGAAGACAACACUGAAGAUGACGAGGGUAAUCUUCCUGAAACUGAGAGUAAAGUGCCUGUAACACAUCAUGAAGAUGAUGAGGGUGACGAGGAAGAGCUUCACAGCAGUGUUCUGGAGGCUAAAACCAACCAUGAAAUGAUGAAGGUUUCUGGUGAUGAUGAUGAUGGUCAGGACUGCACUGAUGAAGACAAUAAGUCUUCCGUUUCACAAAACCUCCCUGGACUUCCUGACGAAAACAUAAAUGGUGAUGGUGUUGCUCAGCAUGAGACUGACGAAAGUCCGAGUUCAUCAUGCGAUUGUUCUGAUGCAAGCAAAACUGAAGGCCAGGAAAACACGCAUAAUGCAAGUAACAUUUAUUCCAAUGAAAGUCACAUUUGUGCAGAUGUUACACUAGUGUAG